AUGGGAUCCAACGUUGAGCUGGUAUGGCCAGAGUCAGAGGCAUAUUCCUCACGGGUGAACAACUGCUCACAUGCAAAUUCAUCCCUAGCUGUAAUUCGAGCGAAGUUGAGUGCCGAACAAUUAGAACAAUUCAAGACAUCAUGCUUUGGCCAUCUUCUGAAUAUAGAUAAGAUUCAGUUUAGCGGGCAGAUUGUGCAUGGGGUUGUGUUGCGUAGAGUAGCGGGGCAGGGUGUGAAAGACUUGGAUGGACUGAGUUUCUUAAUAGGGUGCGACGUUGCUCAGUUCACUCGUCAGGAUUUCUGUUUGAUCUCAGGGCUUCGUUUUGGGGAAGUGCCUGAAGUUUCCAGUGGAGAAAGUGAUGAAAUUAGACUUCAGAAAAGAUAUUUUAUAGACGAAGGAAUUACAUGUAAUGCUUUAGAAGAAGCAUUUGUGAGGUGCACAGAGGAAGAUGACGUCUACAAGCUAGCUCUUGUUUACUUUGCUGAGUUAGUGGUUUUGGGAAGGGACAAACAUUUGAACAUCAAUCUAAAUUACCUGACCCUUGUAGAGGACUUGGAUGCGUUCAACAGGUUUCCAUGGGGUUCGGUGUCGUUUGACAAAACCCAAGACAAUCUGUUUUCUGCACCAACAAAGUAUGUGAAAAGCUUUGAAAAUGAAGAGGGAAGAGGAAAGGGGAAAUGUAAGGUAACCGGAACAAGCCGGAGAAAUGAGAAGGGCAAGAAGGAUAACCAUGGUGAAGUGCAAAGGGGUGGCUGGAGUUUUAAAGGUUUCACGUAUGCUUUCCAGAUUUGGGUAUAUGAAUUAAUUCCUAGAAUGGUGGACCUGAAUUACUGCAAGGUUGUUGAUCCGACAGCUCUCCCGCGUAUUUUGCGAUGGAGAACUACUACGUCUGUUCCCGAGAUGAGAAAGUUGAACAAUUAUUUUUUCCAGAGCAAAGAGGUUUGGUUUGCAGCCCUUGGAACUAUUUAA